AUGUGUAUAUAUAUAUAUAGGGAUACAAGUUCCCCUCCAGGUAUCAUUGUUCUGCUUGCGCUUCGGCAGCGCAAUCUGGAUCUACUGGAAAGCAAGGCCAGGGCCGUUUCUGAUCCCGGAAACAGGGAGUAUGGCCGAUACCUGGAAAGAGAUGAGAUCUAUGGCAUUGCUGGCCCUUGGAGAUAUGAUUUGGAUGUUGUGAAGCAAUUCUUUGCAAAUGUGCCGGGGACUCUGGAGUUCUCCUAUGGGGGAGAUUUUGCAAGAUACACGUGUACUAUAGCCUGCAUCGAGAAGGUGUUCAACACGACGCUCAGAUUUCAGACUGGCACGGUGGCUCCUGGUACCACGCCCAUCCGUGCCUCUGAGCCUAUCCAACUACCUCGAGAAAUGCAGAAUGCCCUUGAAGGAACGUCCCUAAAUGCGCCUCUCUUCAUGCCGCCUCACCCAGUUCAGCCGACCGAGACGGCCUUCAGGUACCCGGCAUCAGGCCGAACGGCACCUCGGGUGCGGCCCUUCAUCAUUGCUGGCGAUCAGUUUGUUUCCAUUCACUUUGUAGCUUACUGCAAGGAUGAGAAGGUAAACCAAGACAGUAUUCAGCAUGGCAUUUGUGCAAGCAGCCCGCACUCCGUUCUCAUCACGGCCUUUGACAUCAUUGUCUUGCAGUCGCAAACCAACACCCAAAAGAUUGUCAGGCUCCCAGCGGUUCCUGAGGUCAUCGGCCAGAAGGUUGGAAAGACCCAGGAUGGUCAACGCUGCGUGGAGUUUAAUGCUACCUUGGGCAGUGUCGCCAACUAUGCGAGCACCUCGGUCCUAGUCCGCUCGCUCUUCAGCGACGGUUCCGUUUCGGAUUUCAGCAGUGCCGAUGAGGUUCUGCCUGUGUGGCCUAUGGCAUACACCACUCCAGCACUGCUGUCGCGGAACUAUGGCAUCCCCAUGCAUGAGCCAGUGCGGCACCCUCGAAACAGCAUUUCCGUUGCAGAGUUCUUGGGCCAGUAUUACAACCCUCAGGACCUGGAGGCCUUCUUCAAGCUAAUGGGUGUCCGGGCUUGGAGCACCCACGAGAAGCUCCGGCUCAUUGGGGAAAAUCUGCCCAUGGCGGGCUCUGUCCUUGGGGGAGAAGCGCAGCUGGAUAUUCAAUACAUUACUGCUUUGGCUUCGAAUGUCUCGACAAUUUUCUGGAGCGUUCCAUCGAUUGAGCUAGCCACGAGGCAGGAGCCCUUCCUAGAUUGGCUGAUGCAGCUGGAGGACACAAGUGAUGACAAGAUCCCGCUGGUUCAUUCCGUGUCGUACAGCGACGAUGCAUUGACCAUGCCACGAUGGUUCAAGCAUCGCAUCAAUGCAGAGUUCAUGAAGCUGGCCCUCCGCGGCAUCACUAUUCUUGUGGCCAGUGGCGAUGAUGGCGUGAGCGGAAGCUAUGUGGCCAAGUACGGCAGAAGGUACUGUGGAAGGAAUCGGGAGGAAUUCCCUUCGUCCUCACCAUGGGUUACUGCCGUUGGUGGUACCCAGCUUGCACAGGAGAAUGUCCCUGUCUGCGGCUACACAUCUGGAAAAGUAAUGGUGCAAUGCCCCGAGGAUGGUGAAGUGGUCUGCACCUCGGAUAAGGGUGGUGGAAUCACUUCUGGAGGUGGCUUCUCUGCAGAUUUCCCGCGCCCAUGGUACCAGCAUGAAGCCGUGGAGCACUACCUCCAGCAACAAGAUAGCCCUGUGCCAGGGCAAGACGUGUUGAUAUAUAAUCGCUCUGGCCGCGCUUAUCCGGAUUUGUCUGCCAUAUCCAGCAACUACCUGGUGCUGAUGGGUAAUGAAUUGCAGCCGACUUCAGGGACAUCGGCUUCAACUCCACUCAUUGCUGCGAUGGUCGCUCGAUGGAAUGAAGACCGCCUCAUGAACAGGCUGCCACCCCUUGGAUUUCUGAAUCCGAUGAUCUACCAGACCUUAUCCAAGCAUCCCAGUGCUUUCAACGAUGUGCAGAUUGGGGAUAACCGCUGUUCGAGAUCCGAGUGCUGCGAUGUGGGCUUCAGUGCUGCUCGAGGCUGGGAUGCUGUGAGCGGUGCCGGCUCACCACGCUUCGAAGCUAUCGCCACGAUCCUGCGUGAGGAGGCGCUGUUGGCCUUUGGCGGAAGGUUCACACGAAUGGACAUGGCCCCGAUCGCCAUGGCCGAAAGUGCGACAGCAGGUCCGUCCGUGACCGCCAGAUACGAUCUUCCGGUCAGCCUGCUUUUCCUCUUGGCUGUACAGUCUUUGGCGACUGCGCUCGUCACUCUGGCUGGUGUGUGCCUUUGGGGCCAACGGAGCAAGGCUUUGGGAAGUGCCAGACGUCCGCUGCUACAGAGCGCGGCAUGA